UGAUCUUUCUCGAUUUCUGAGUUAUUUCUUUUUUAUAAUCUCUUCUCUCAAACUUUUCUCAUUUACUGUUGCUACUUCCAAAUGCGUUCUGUUUUUCAAUCAAAAACUGUAAAAACGGAGUCUUCAUCUGAAUCUACAUCUCAACCUGAGGCACUUAACACUCAACACUCGGAACCAUUGCCAGAUGCUAACAUGUCUGACAAAGAAUUGCCAAUAAUGGAGCAAAGCCCUGAUAAGGACGAGCAGGAAGACGAGUUUGAAAUCCCCCCUGAGCCAAUUCGAUGGUUUCAUGCUGUAGACUCACCUUUGACAAAACCCAACGAGCCCAAGAAGAAUCCAAAAACACCUGCACCUCCGAGAAAACCUGCAACAACAUGGGUACCAUUCAGCAUUCGAGAUUCAGGUGCACUUGAACGGGCUUUCCAACUGAUCCAGCCUAUGCGAGAGGAAAGAAAGGCCCCGCUAAACAUAGAAAGCGCUAUUGACGGAGGUGAAAUGGAUGAUAAUCAAAACUCGCCUCUUAGCAAUACCCAGCAAGAACCACUUCUCAUUCCUUCAACAGCUUCUAUGCCGGAAGGAUCUGAGGCUUCUGCGACAGCUUCGACAGUCCUUGUUAAUGAGGAUCAUUUGUUUGAAGUGAAUAUCAAUAAGAUGGAAAUCAAGCCGGUCUACUGGCAAGGACCAACGUAUGAAGUUAGAAGAGCUGUAUGGUUUUUACAAUACGAUGGCAAAUUCGUCCCGUGUGAGGCGAAUCUCUCGCAGCAGAUCGAGUAUGGAUAUAUUAAACAUCGGCCUUGGAUAAUCACUCCUCCGAUAUUAGAUGCCAAUGGAAAAGAAGUAGUCGAGGACAAGCCCGAGAAAAGUUGGGCCCUUUUAGGCAAAUAUAUUUCACAAUAUGUUGUUUUCUCAGAUGCUCAUCAUGCGUAUUUGCUAAGCGAUGAUUUGCGAAGCAAAGUCGCAAAGACGAUCUUCACUAAAGUUUCACUUCAAACCACUUUGGGAGGUACACAUCUUAUCCGGGGUUAUGACGAGGUCGAAAAUUUCAUUUCCAAGAAGGCAUCAGAAGACGCAUCUCAGAAAAAGAAGGAAGGGACCGAGCCCAAGAGAAAAGAGACCUCCGAGGUCCAAAAGAAAAGGGAGGUGGCACAGAAGCUUAAAGAAAAGACUAAACGUUUAACAGAAGAAGAGAAAGACAGCAUUCAAGAAUCCCAUGAGAUUGAUGAUUAUUCCAACGAAGAGGAUGCUGAAGUGCGCACUAUCGAUCACUUGGUACUGGUGAUUCAUGGUGUGGGACAAAAGCUUGGCGACCGGAUGGAAGCCAUCAACUUUAUUCAUGACGUUAAUGUGAUGCGAAGGACUAUGAAAGAAACAGCCGCAACUUUCAUUCAGAAUACACCUAAUAGUGCAGCUCCUAAAAACCAGGUUGUAGCAGACAGGAGCAGAGAGGCGCCACCAGUAGCGGCCUCAAAGAAUCCAUACUCUAUGCCGUCAGGAUUUGGUGUUCAGGUCUUACCUGUCGAGUGGAGGAGACAAAUUAUAUUUGGUAUGGCAACAGAUGACGGAGAAAUCCAACGAGACUUAAGCACACCAGAAGCGGAAGAGGGCUGCCCAACUAUGGAAGAUAUCAUGCUUGAUGGAGUACCUUCGAUUCGUAUGCUUGCAUCGGAUGUAUUGAUGGAUGUAUUGCUCUAUAUGACCCCUAGCUAUAAGCGUAAGAUGAUGGAGGUUGUCACUACUGAGCUCAACAACGUCUAUAGGAAAUUUAUCCAUCAUAAUCCAGAUUUUCUCCGCCGCGGGGGCAAGGUUUCGAUCCUUGGACACUCUUUAGGAUCGCUCUUAGCUCUGGAUAUCCUCAACCAUCAGCCAUUCAGCCCAAAUCACUAUCAACCAGUCCCUUCCUCGCCUGUGUACGAAAAGUUCAUUUCUUUUGAUCGGGGAAGCAUCAACCCAGUAGCAUUGGACUUUCCGGUCACAAAUUUUUUUGCCCUUGGUAGUCCCAUCGGAUUAUUUCUUCUUCUCAAAGGUUGUAAACUGGGUGCAAGGUUAUCAGACGGUAGCACAACAGGCGAGUCAACAUUAUCACCAUGUUUUCGGCCAGCAGUUGAGAACUUAUUCAACAUCUUUCAUCGAUCAGAUCCAGUUGCAUAUCGCGUGGAGCCUCUCAUAUCGCGUUCAUUUGGCUCAAAGACACGACCGGCUCUUGUUCCGUACCAUAAAGGUGGCCUCAAAGGCCUUCAUAUUGGAAUUCAGGACUUUAGCAAUGAUCUUGCUAACCGUGCCAAUACUAUGAUGGAAUCUGUCAAACUUGGUAUCACCACAUCCGCUAUCACUCGGGCCCUCGGCUUUAAGACUAAUCCAGUCGCAAAUGCUGCAGUAAUACACAAUGCCAAAGCACAGGGAUCUGGAAGCAUACCGGGGCAAGCAAGUGACACGGAGUUGACCACAAUCGUAGACGGAGGCGAGCUGACGGAAGUAUCUACAAACUCAAAUGGCAACACUACUCCUCGAAUGACACCAGAGAUGUUCAGUGCAAUCAGCAAGGCGAAAGUGAGGGCAUUGAACAAAACUGGACGCGUAGAUUGGUGCUUGCAGGAAGGAGUAUUUGAAAAUGCGUAUCUAUCAGCACUCUCUGUUCACAUGCAGUAUUGGUCGGAUAGUGAUGUGGCAGCAUUUAUCAUCCGUCAGACGUACGACAUGAACCAGUAGCCAAUCGUUUUCUCUAUAAAACUCAAUGAUUAUACAUGCUCUAACUGAAUUAGAUGCAAAAUCACUCGUCACGAUCGAGGAUGCUUUUAAAAUCGGUACAACACAUCUAAGCUUUUUAUUUGUCCCUUGUGCCGUUAAUGCUCUGAUUUUCAGUCAUAUUUGUCAGCGAUACUCUAUCUCUUUCACUUAUAAUAGUAUUAUGAUAUUACUAUAAGUGCAUAACAAAAUAAGAU